UCAACUUCAACGCUUUCCUCUUUUCUUCCAACUACGAACUAAGCUUAUUUCUCUUUUUAUGAAAGAAGAUGGCUAGAGUUGAAGGAAGAAUCAUUUAGCGGCGGUUCUGCCCUUCAUCCAUCCUUCCUUGUGCUCUAGGAAAGACGACGAAAUGGUGUUCAAGAACAAGUUAUUCUUCUCUUCUAAGAAAUCUGCUUCUUCUAGUCCCGAUGGAUCCAACAGCCCUCGUUCCGCUUCCCAUUCCCCGAUCCGAUCCGACAAGAAAAAACCCAAAGCUUCACUCUCCACCUCUGAUUCCCAACAGAUCCCCAAUCCACCCUCCCCUUUCAGUCCCAAGCAAAUCCAAGUCAACCCAAAGGACCCCAAACCCCUGCUGCCAAGCCCUCUUCUUCUACCUCCAAGAAGCCCGAUGCCAAGGACGGGCCUUCUUCCGUCUCGCCCCUGCUGGCCUCUUCCUUGGGGUUGAAUCGGAUAAAGACCCGAUCCGGUCCCUUGCCCCAGGAGAGUUUUUUCAGUUUCAGAGGGGAGAAAAGUGCCUCUGCUUCAGUGCUUGGAGCUAGUAACUUGUCCAGGCCAGGAGGUUCAACUAGCGCUCGGGGCAGUGCUAACUCUGGGAAAUCGGGUUCUGGGAAGAAAGUCGGGUUGAACCAGAGGUUACUGCAAGAAAGUUUGCUUGACAACGCGAGCAAUUCGGAUAGUAUGUCAACUGGAAGUGCUAGUGCUGGGUGGCACUCUAGAGAGCAGAGCCCUAGUCUACAAGGGAAGUCCCAGUUGCAGAAUGGGGAAUCAUCCUCCGGAGCUGGGCGACACGAAUCACCAUGGGGCCACUCUGGAGGCUUUAAAAGUUCUGAUUUUCGUGCACCUGAGACUUCAUAUGAUUGUGAAAACGCCAAGGAGUCUGAAUCCCCCCGUUUUCAAGCUAUUCUUCGACUUACAAGUGGGCCUCAGAAGAGGUUUCCUGCUGAUAUUAAGAGCUUUUCCCAUGAAUUAAAUUCGAAAGGAGUGCGGCCUUUCCCAUUUUGGAAACCUAAACGCUUAAACAACUUGGAGGAAAUUGUGGUUGUCAUUCGGGCAAAAUUUGAAAAAGCGAAAGAGGAAGUGAACUCUGAUUUGGCUAUUUUUGCUGCAGAUCUGGUUGGAAUUCUCGAAAGAAUUCUGAAAGUCAUCCCGAGUGGCAGGAGUCCAUUGAGGAUUUGCUGAUUCUGGCUCGACGCUGUGCUAUGACACCACCUGGAGAGUUCUGGCUUCAGUGUGAAGGCAUUGUUCAGGAGCUAGAUGAUAAGCGUCAAGAACAUCCUCAAGGAAUGCUGAAGCAGCUGUAUACACGGAUGCUUUUCAUUCUCACAAGGUGUACAAGAUUGUUGCAGUUCCACAAAGAAAGUGGGCUGGCUGAGGAUGAACCUGUGAUACAGCUUCGCCAAUCUAGACUCCUGCAUCCUGCAGACAAGAGAACUUCCUCAGGGCUCCUAAGAGAAGCUAAAAGUUUGAGUGUGUCAAAGGCUUCAAAAGCCUCCUCAUCUAAGAAAUCUUAUAGUCAGGAGCAACAUGCCUUAGAUUGGAGGAAGGACCAUGUUGUACUGCCAGGAAGUUUGAUUGCUCCCAUUGACGAAACUGAAAAGAACAUGGAAUCUUCUGUGAGCAGAGAUAGGAUAGCUUCCUGGAAGAAACUCCCGUCUCCUGCCAAAAAAAGUCCAAAGGAAGUAACUACUUCCAUGGAGCAGAAUAAUAGAAUGGUUGAAACCUGG